AUGCUUGGACAUAUGCACAAACGCGAGACGGCGCAGAGAGCUUGGCAGCAGCGGUGGCCCAGAUGGUCUAUGCCCCCAGGUUUGAUCUGCUGUUUCCCGAAAGAGCGAGGUGGAGGCAUGACCGGCAGCGGCGACGUCGCGGUGCACAUCGAACAUCUGGCGCGCAGCCUGAUGCAGAAGCAGGAGGACGUGGCGGCGGAGGAGCAACACCGGACCAUGGUGAGCAGACACCGGGUGUCCCGUGUCCCUGCCCGUCACCGUGACAGCAACCCCGACGCCUACACGCCGUGGUUCGUUGCCAUUGGCCCGCUUCACAACCGUGAGGAUCGGCGCCUCCGCCCCGCCGAACGGCUCAAGGUGGCCUACCUCAACAGCCUCAUCUCCCGUGGUCACCCGGACCCAACGCACCACCUCGCCGUCAUCCAGGAGUACGUUCGCAUCGUCGCCGGUCGUGAGCAGGAGGCCCGGGCCAUGUACGCCAGCGAGGAGGUCGUCGAUAUUGCCACUGAUGACUUCAUCCUGAUGAUGGUGCUUGACGGCUGCUUCAUCAUCGAGCACCUCGUGAACGUCGCCACGGCCCGGGACGAGCCGUCGCUGCACGCCACGCCCUUCGGCCCAACGCAGCUCUCCGUCGACCUCAUCCUCGCAGAGAACCAGAUGCCCUUCUUCGUGCUCGUUGAUCUCAUCGCCAGCACCAAGCUGCCGGAGUUCGAGUGCAUGGGCUACCCCGCGCCAGUGCUGCUCAUGAAGCUCGUGCUGUACAACUUCGCCGGCGAGAAGGGCCGCAGCAUGAGCGAGGAGCUGCUGGCCGCCGAGGGGGUCUCCCACGUCCUGCACCUGCUCCACGAGAUGGUCACCGCGGCGCGGACCAGCUGGUGGCGUCCGAUACCUCACAUCCUGGACGGUGGCUGGGAGCAGGCGGUAAGGCGGCUGGUGCGCGGUCUACCGUCUCUGGUAUUGGCGCCUCUGCUGCGCUGGAUUGCCCCCGAGGGCCGCAGGGGGCAUGUGCGGGAGGACGUGCCGUCGGCAAGCGACAUGAAGCGGAUGCGGCUGGAGUUCAAGAAGGCGCGCGUCAGGGGCAUAACGGCGAGCGUGGCGGCCAUCGCGUCGGUGAUGGGCCCGGUCCCUUUGGUCGUGGAGCUAACGGACGGGGACUAUCUUGUGCUGCCGCAGUUGCGGCUCGAGUUCCGGACGGCGCCACUCCUGCUGAACCUGAUGGCGUUCGAGCGGUCAGCGUUGGCGUCAGCGAAGACGUUGUCCGACGUGUCGGCGUACAUGUGUUUCAUGACGAAGCUCGUACAGACGGCGGAGGACGCGGGCUUGGUUCUGGCGGCAGAGGUGGUGCAGCAGGACGGCAGCGCGGGCAACCAGAGCAUAGAGGAGGUGGUGAGGUUCUUCCGGAUGGUGGGCGCCGCGAGCGAGUUGGCGGCUGGCGGCGAACUGCUGACGUCGAGCUACCUGUGCGUGCUGGUGGAGAAGCUGAGGGAGCGGAGCCGGAGCUGGACCUACGCGGAUCGCAACUACUACACCUUCCUCGCCGAGUUCGUGGCCUUGGUCACCUUCGUCUCCGGUGUCUCAACCAUACUCCAGACCUACGCAGCCUUCAAGUACCAUUGA